CUCUUGAGGUCUGGCUGUUGUUUUGUCAUUAUAGAGACAAGUACCGUUUCUAUGCCUGCUUACUGCGGGCUCGCUUUGAUGAAAACAAGACUGAGAAGGACAUGGUGAAGGCCACCAUGAUGCUAAAGGCAGGAGAGGAGGAAUUCUGGACCAACCAACAUCCUCAGCCCUACAUCUUCCCCGACUCUCCUGGGGGGACCUCAUAUGAGAGAUACGAGUGCUACAAGGUCCCAGAGUGGGUGCUGGACCACUGGCACCCCUCGGAGAAGGCCAUGUAUCCUGAUUAUUUCUCCAAGAGAGAGCAGUGGAAGAAACUGAGGAUGCAGAGCUGGGAGAAAGAGGUGGGCAGCAAACAUUUACAUGCCAGCAUUACUUUUGACCUCCUUGUUUAACCUGGUCUCCUUUGC